AUGUCCUGCAAGUUAUUGUUGUCGAAAGGAAAGAAACCAUCGGGAAAUUCAUUCGUGAGUAAUGAAACAGUUGACGAUAAUUUAAUUUUUAAUCAAAAUAAUAAUGUUAUUCCGAUUGAGCAUUUUCCCGAAACUGAUACUAGAUCAUCACUUUUAACAAGUACAGUGGAUCAUCAAGAAUUUGUAGGUGAUAUUGGAUUUGUGACAAACUCACCAAUGAUUGUCACUUAUUUAACGAAAUGCAAUUUUUGUCCUGGCGUUGAUGAAAUUGGUAUUGAAAUAGAGGAAGCUCUCAUUCAGAAUAACAUUGUUAACAAUACUUACCAACAAAAUGGUCUGAUACUGACCGAUCUACUUUAG